AUGAGUUCUGCUCAGCUGUGGAGUCAGAAUUCUGAAUCUGAAGAGUGCAAGAAAGAGCAAAGGGUUUCCCCACAGGAAAAACUAUUGAAGCCACACGAUUCCCAUUCUGGCCGAUCUGGUCAAGAGCAAAAUUUCGCAUCAAACUCUAAGCUGUUUCCUGAUUCUAAGCAAAGAACUGGAGGUGGAUUCCUCCCAUUUUCAAGAGAGAGACAAAGCAAUCCAGCUAUCUCUGUAAGAUCGGAUGCAGGCAAGACCUUACCAGACCUUGCCUUGUCAUCGGGAGAGCAGGAGGUAGGUUCCUCCCAUAGAUGCAAUGAAAUGGCCAAGUUGAACAAUGCCACCACCACCACAUUCAGGAGUAGUAAAUCCAAGGAACCAAUAGAGACCGCUACGCCUGUGUUCUCCAAGAAAGGGUCAGCAAAACCUAAUGUGGGUGGUUGCUCUCCUGCUCCAACUACAUCCAAUGGGGCUCAAUCUCAGAGAAAAGCUAGAAUGUGCUGGUCACCAGAGCUGCAUAAACGCUUUGUCAGUGCUUUUCAACAGCUAGGUGGCUCACAAGUAGCAAGGCCAAAGCAAAUCAGAGAGCUGAUGAAGGUGGAUGGGCUUACCAAUGACGAAGUCAAAAGUCAUUUACAGAAAUACCGUUUGUACACCUGA